AUAAGGUUGCAUCCUUAUGUAAACUUUUUCCUUUUUGAAAUAUAAUUUCUUGAAACUGACCAAUGCAAUUUUUUGGAAUAUCGUGUUAACAAAUACCCCUGUUCUCUAGGUCUAGAUAUGCAUCGUCAUCUCUAUCUUUUAAGGAAAUUUGAAUCUUCUACCAUGGGUAACCAGUGGCCCGCAUAAAUUGGUAUAGAAAGACUUGCCCUUUCCUCAUCUCUCAUCGACAUUAUCUACCUCAUCCAAAUACAUAUAUCCUUAUUUAACCGACUUUUCAUCUCUUUCUCCACAUAUAUUUAAUUUUGAAUUUUUUUUUUCUAAAAGGUUUUCUAUCUAGUAUACAUUCCUUAUCAUAUAAGCCUCGACUGUGCAGUUUCUCAUUGUUACAUCCAGUCUUGAAUCGAUCUUUUUUUUCCAUCUUAAGGUGGAUUUGGGCUGUACCCGAAUCGAGCUCUCUUUGGUACUACCACCAAGGCUUCAACCCAUUCUCCUAAGUAUUAUGUGAGGAUUUUGACUUAACUCUUUGGUGACAAUGGAAACACCUUAUCCAAUGGAGAUAAUGGAGUCAAAGACCUCAUCAUGGGGCUUGGCAAUACUACUAAGGCCCCAAAGUGAAGAAGAAGAAAAAUUGCAGUCUUAUUACUCCGAGAUCCUAAGGAAUUUAAUCAUGCCAUGUUGGGGAAAUAAAGAAAUGGCAUGUUCAAGAUACAUGGUUAGUAUUAGGUCUGACCCAAUAUUCAGGCUCUUCCCACGUCAUUCUCUCACGAAUGAUCUUGUAUUGAUGCACAUAGUCUUUAAAGUGAAGACAUAUGUGGGUCGAGGAGGUAUCGGUUCUGAAACUCGAGACGGUAAGAGAUCGAACCGAGUGUGGCCAUGGAAGAUCGCCAUCCCUUUGGAUGUUCUAGUUCUAAGAGACUCUGCUAAAGGAUUCAUCUAUUUCUUAAUUGACAAGUUCAUAGGCAUGGACAUUCCCCAGAAGAUUAUAGCCUCCGUAGUAUGUCAAGUCAUGGUUCAACUGAGGGUGACCUCGAAGGACUUCGCCUGUUCGCACCUUGAACCAGCCAUUGAUGUAGCAUUGGAGGUAUUUCUGUAUGUAGAGAUUGAAUAAUCUGAGGAUCCAGAGGAGAAAGAUUGAGAGGGAGAUUGAAGAAUCUGAGGAUCCAGAGGAGAAAGAUAAUGUGUGUGUGCG